CUCGCUCUCCAGAGUAGCCCGUGGCAGGGCCAGCCCGGCCUCGUAGAGAUUGCACUCUAGAGGAGGGAGACACGUUCGCAGGUGAAUUUCACCCGACAAUUGGAGGAAGGAGAGAGAGAGAGAGAAUGCUAAUAACUCGGGAAAGUCGAGAAAGCCGCCCUCCCGUCCGUCGUAAACAGCCCCAAAGAAGAUCCUUAAAGAAAGCCAAGGAUAAAAGAGGCGGAGCUGGGGAGUGCCUUCCAGGCCUGGCGCCAUAGUCUGGGCAAAGUCCAGAGGCGAGAAAUGAAGGGCCAGGUAGUGAGGAGCUGCAGGUAGACUGGAGUCACGGGAGUGUCUGCCCCAAAAGCGCGGCUGCAAACUCUCCAGCACUUUUCUCCCCACCCGCCCCUUCGAUGGUCUGGCUCGUUCGGGACCUCCUCAGUUUCCUUCUAGGCGACAGACGACAGCACUGGUGACGGGAGCAUUUUGCGAGCCGUUUUGGACGCGAGGUGUCUACCUCUCCUAGAUCUCACUUUCCUUCUCUAAAUGGAGGCUUGAGGAAUCCUGGCCUUCAUCGUCCUUGGCCAUGGCCUCUCUGCAGGUGGCACACCCUUACUGGCCUCAAGACCUCCAACUCAGUGGUUAUGUGCCCAACGAUAAGCCAGUGUGGCAGAUCCUCACAUUGUUCUUUUCUGUGUCGGGCGCCCUCCUGGCGGCUACUUGGCUGUUGUCUAGCCAGGGGAGGGAAGGGAAUGGAAGCCCCUGGCGCCGUCUGAUCAUCUGCUGGUUUGCUGUGUGUGCCUUUGUGCACUUGGUGAUUGAGGGCUGGUUCAGCCUCUACUACCAGGACAUCGCUGGGGAUCAGGCCUUCUUGUCCCAGCUGUGGAAGGAGUACUCCAAGGGUGACAGCCGAUACAUUCUAGCAAACAACUUUAUAGUGUGCAUGGAGACGGUGACAGCCUGGGUAUGGGGCCCACUCAGCUUGUGGGCUGUGGGAGCCCUUCUGAAACGGAGACCGGAGCGAUUCCUUCUCCAGCUUGUCAUCUCCUUGGGCCAGCUGUAUGGGGAUGUCCUUUAUUUCUUUACUGAGUAUCGGCAUGGCUUCCAGCAUGGGGAGUUUGGGCACCCGCUCUACUUCUGGUUCUACUUCGUCUUCAUGAAUGCCCUGUGGUUCGUCGUGCCUUCUGCCCUCCUCCUGGAUGCCUGGCACCAUCUGGCCUGUGCCCAGUUGCUAGCAGAUGGUGCAGCUGGCCCCCGAGACCCCCAAAAGCAGCACGAACAUUUCCAGUGAAGAGCCACUGGGAGUCGAGGGAGAAAGCGCACCUCUUCCCCCUCCUGCCCUGCCCUCUGCCCUCUACAUUUUUAAUAAACGUUGCUGAAGGAGGCCCCAAA